AUGGAAAUAGCCAAUAUUGUUUCACUUGAUAUUGAUUCAAUAUUAGAGGUUGAUAAUAUGGAUAGUGACAUGAAUUAUAAUUGCCUUUCAAGUGUGAUGGUGAAAAGUGAAGAGAUAGCCUAUAUUAUUUUCACUAGUGGUUCAACCGGAACACCCAAAGCGGUUCAAGUUCGCCAUAAGAACUUUAUUGAUUGUAUCAAUUCUUUGGUUUAUAUUAACUCAUUUCAUAAAGAUGAUACAGUUGUACAAAUGACACGAUGUUCAUUUGACAUUCAUGUUCAAGAAAUACUUGGUACAUUGUUGAUUGGAGGCUCAUUGAUUAUGCUUCAUCAAGGUGGAACGAUCGAUUUUAGUUAUCUAUCCGAAGUCUUGAAGAAGAAACAAAUCACAUAUCUACAUACUGUACCAAGUUUCCUACACAAUUUUUUCAUUUUUAUUGAACAGAACAAGAGCAUCAAUAAUGUAAAAUAUCUUCGAUCAAUUUGUAGUAUUGGUGAAGCAUUUGUUGUUUCUCUGAUCGACUUGAUUGUGAGAACUGACAUAACCAACUGCAUUGUGUGGAAUUUGUAUGGUCCAGCUGAAACAACUAUAGUUUCUACCUUCUACCAAGUAGAUCUUAUAAAUGAUACACGAAUUGUUUCAAUUGGUAGACCACUUUUUAAUUACCGAUGUAUCAUUAUGAAUCAAUAUUCACAAUCAUCUGCCAUUGACCAAGAAGGUGAACUGUUUAUGGGAGGAGUGGGUGUAUUUGCUGGUUAUCUUGGACGUGAUGAUUUGACAGUAAAAGCUCUUGUUGAAAUAGAUGGUGAACUAUUUUAUCGAACUGGUGAUCUUGUUAGGAUGGACAACAAUGGUCUUCUUUAUUAUCAAGGAAGAAAAGAUCAUCAAAUCAAACUUCAUGGACAACGAAUUGAACUUGGUGAAAUCGAACGAUGUUUACUUAUUAUUACAUCUAUAUCUGCUUGUAUUGUCAUGAAAUGGAAUGAUAAUUACUUAGUUGCUUAUAUUCAAUCGAGUCACAUCAACGAAGAACAACUACGUGAACAUUGUCAAUCUCAUCUUCCACCACAUAUGAUACCAUCAAUAUUUGUUGUACUUGAUAAAUUACCUUUGAAUCAAAAUGGAAAAAUAGAUCGAAAACGUCUACCUUCACAUAAGUUUUCAUCGUCAACCGAUAAUAUUGAUGGUAACGUGCCGCACACUAUUUUAGAAGAACAGUUACAAGAUAUAUUUAGUCAAGCUUUCCAUAUUGAAUCUCCACCUGUUGAAGUUCCUUUUGGUCAACUUGGUGGAACAUCACUGAGUGCUAUUCUUGCACUCACAUUGAUUCGUCAACAGGUAUGCAACAAGGUUGACAUUGGUCUUUUGUUUACUAAUCCAUCUAUUCGACAACUAGCUCGAGCAAUAGAACCUCUAUUAGUUCUUGAAGAGCCACAAGAGACAAUUUCCGUAGUCAAGGAAGUUCAUGAAACACAUGAUCGUCUUGCACCUUCAUUUGCUAUUGAAUCUUUAGGUGUUGCACUUCUUGUUUGCCAGUGGUUGUGUCCAAUCAUGAUAAUUCAUCAAUGGUAUCCACUUCUUUUUCCUAUCUUACCAGUAUUUCAUCUUUUAUUCUAUGUCAUAUGUUCACGUUUAUUAUCACCGCAAAACAUCAAAGAUGACAAUAUUUUCUCUUGGAACUACUAUCGUUGGUGGUUUUUAGAUCGACUAUGGAAUAAUAAUACAUUUUGGCUACAACAUAUACUUGGUACACCUUUUUACAAUUACUAUCUUCGUCUUUGUGGUGCUCGAGUUAGUCUUAAUGCACAUAUUUAUACCACAACCAUGGAUGCUCCAUGGUUGUUAGAUAUUGGUGAUGGAACUUGGAUUGCUGAUAAAACGAAUCUAAACUCUUUAUAUUUCAAUGAUAACGAUACUUUUGCAUUGCAUUCAAUUAAAAUUGGCUGCUAUUGUUCAAUCAGUGCCCGAACUAUUCUUUUUGGUGGAGUUGAUAUGCAGGAUAAUAUCACUGUUCAGCCCAUGUCAUCAUUCACUGGUUUUAUCGCAUCUCGAACGAUUAUCGAUGGUGAUGAACAUAAAUCAGUUUCAUCAGACACUUCAAUCACACAUAGUAACAGAUCACUAUCAAUAUGGCAGAAGAUUUAUCAAGUUAUUACAAUCAUCUCAUUGAUCUGUAUUCACUGUACAUUUUUAGCCAUUAUCUACAAAGUCUGUUCAGUUGAACAAAUACCACUACCUAUUAGUAUUGCUUUUUGCUGGACUUUAUGGUCAAUUAUUUCUUGUUUUGUCACUCUCUUUCUCUUAAAAUUCGUAGUUGGUUCUUGUGCUGCUGGUGAGACAUAUCCAAUUGCAUCAUGGUCACAUUUACAUAAGGUGUGGCCUCGUCAAUUAAUUGUAUCUAGUUUUCAUCAUGCCUGGUCACUACCAACUGGACAUGAUUAUCUUUUCCCUUUUAUUCUCCGUUGGCUAGGUGCUCAAGUUGGAGAUGAUGUCAAACUGGGUAGUAUAGAUACCUUCUUGUGUUAUCCAACAAAUUUAUUAAAACUCGAAACAGGAGUCACUAGUUUUGCUUACGUUUUAUUAGUUCCUACUGAGAUGACACUUGAGGGUGACCAUCGUGUAGAUUGUAUAACACUUGGAUCUCAUACAAAUCUUGCUAAUAUGUGCUCAAUUUUGCCGGGCAGUCACCUUGCAUCUCAUACUAUGAUUGGCAAUUUAACACGUAUAACUCGAGAAACGAAUAGCAGCAACAGAGAUGUUUUCAUUGGUGUUCCAGCUAGUGCUAUGCCAUUUCAAAUGCCCAUUAGAAAAGCGAUGGAUGGUCAAAUUAAAACUACUCCAUUUUGGAAGACAUGUUUUUCUCAUUAUAUUAGCAAAUGUCUUCUCAUAGGCAUUUAUUGGUCAUGUGGUCUUGUUGGUGGACCAAUCAUUCACACAAUCAUUGUUUGCAGUCUCUAUCAAUGGUAUCCAUAUGUAGACAAUGAAAUAAUCAAACAAAUCGCACGAAAACUACAAGUAGAUUACAAAAUUUUUAUUUGUUCAUUUCUUGGCAAUACACAAUGGCUAAUUCGGUUAUUUCGAGCAUAUGGUGCGAAGAUUGGCAAUAAUGUGAUCAUACCUGAUAUUUCGUCUCUUUCUAAUUACCAUGUGGUGACAAUUGGAGAUAAUGUUCAAUUUAAUAUUAAUGCUUAUAUUGUGUGUCACACUUUCGAACAGCGUAUUUUCAAACUAGUUCCUGUUACAGUAGGCAACUCGUGCGUUCUUAUGAGUGGCUCACUUGUAAUGUCGGGUUGUAAAUUAAUGGGUAACAAUCGGCUUUACCCAUUUACACUCGUAAUGAAAAAUGAUCUAUUGCAACCAUACACACAAUGGAAAGGACUUCCUGCACAAUCUUAUGUGGCAAAACCAAUAUUAUCUCGAUCUGUACCCAUUUGUGAUGAUAUCGUCAAAUGUGAACAAAAAUCUAAGAAUUUCGAUCGACUGUCUUUGUGGUAUGAACAAGUUUCAAAUGUCUAUAAGAAUGUCAAUGAACUACAAUUUAUAAAUUGGGGUUAUGCAGAUUUGGACGAACAUAUUGAUGACAAUACUGGUUAUUAUUCGAAGAAACUCUAUCAACAAGUUCUUGCUAAUGUAACACUUACGAAUCAAAAUAUACUUGAAGUGGGUUGUUGUAGAGGUGCUGGUGGUGCCUGGUGUGUUCGUACAUAUGCUCCUCGAUCUUAUAUUGGAAUAGAUCCUUCUCGAGAUAUUAUUAACCUAUGUCAACAAUACUAUUCAACAACUCAUCGACUCUCGUUUGAGAUAGCUGAUCCAAAAACUCAUUUACCAUUUCAAAAUGAGUCAAUGAAUGUUGUUCUCUCAAUUGAAACAACAAAUCUUUUUGAUGAAAUAGAAGCAGUGAAGCGAUUCAUCAAUGAAAUUACUCGUGUGCUUACUCCUAAUGGAUACUUUCUCUGGUGUGGAUUGUGUAAUGUAGAUGGAUCAAGUGUACUGAUUGAUUACUUAACAGCAAAUAAUGCAUUUAUAAUUAAAGAGAAGGUUAAUAUUACAAGAAAUGUUCUUCAUGCUCUUGACAUUCAAAAUAACUCACGUGCUGACUUUAUUGAGCGUUAUAUUCAACCUGCAGAUCAAGAAUAUUGUCGUCUAUUCGCUGGAUUACCUGGCACUCAACUUUAUAAUAAUAUGCAACAAGGGCAUGCAGAAUAUUAUCGAGUUGUAUUCCGCAAGAAGAUAAUAAAAAACACACUUCAUAUUUAA